AUGGCACGUAUUGUCAACGUUGAUGAAAAUGACUUAGCUGCUGCCCUUGCUAUGGUCCAGUGGCAUCACCCCUCUAUGCAAUUGUACAAAAUACCGCAGUACCCCCUGUUUGAGUGCUCACUCCUUAGUACUCUUGACACCAACUUCCGAAUCAAGAUGCACCACUUUACACAUACGCACAAGCAUGGAUACUAUGGUAGUUACCUGUACCCUCACGGAGACACUGAUGUCAUCCAAUCAAAAUCUCCAAAGACGGGCCAACCGCACCUACCAAUGAACUUAGUGACCCAAUCUCAGCAGCCGACUGAACAACGUGCCCAGCAAAUCCUGAUUGGAAUCCUAGGACCAGUGCAAAAUGAGCCUGAAAACGUUGCAUAUGAGUUGGGCAAUGGUCCUCCCUCUGCAACUAAUUGUUCGUUAGGGAUGCUAAAGCUAAAUUCUGUUCCAGAGGUCCUCCAAACUCAAUAUAUAAUUAAUAUCAGUGGAAACCACUAUGGUUGGACCCUGCAAACCAGCCAUGGCAUCUUCGCUCAGCAUGUAAUUUUCCCUUCACUGCUGACCAUGACAGAUCCUGACCUCGUCACUGCUACUACCGAGAUUGCCAGCAUCACAGUACCUGACACUGUGGAUACACCAAACACCACCUCACCUGCCCUACCUUCCCAUCAGCCACAGGGUUGUCCAUGCAAAUCUGUUGUGAAAACAGCCAUGCUGGAUGAUUGGAAAGCUAGCAUUGAGAAAAACCAGGUGCGGCUGACUCAACAUCUCAACAACCAACCUCCGGCCAUGCUAGCCGCUGCUGUAUGCUUGCAUGCCUGUGAGGCUCAUGUCACCGACCCGAGCGCAGUGAUAUUGGAAGCCCUUGAGCCAUUCAAUAGAAUGCAAACUCGUAUCAAUGUUAUCAGCACUAGCAUAUAUCGGCGAAUGGGAUGUACCGACUUGUGGAAGGUUGCUGAGAAGUUGUGUAGCCAAGUUCAAGAAGUGGUCAACCUCUUGCAGGACCUCCUAUGCUCAGCACUAUCUGGCAUCAGUGAGCUCAGGACGGCGUUCAAUGAGGGUACACUAGCAUACCAACAGAUGUAG